UCCUUGUAACACUGCUGAAGCUUUGUAGAACACAAUCUGAUUCUAAAGAUGCCACUACAACUCCAGUACCUAUAGGCCAUUUUCUCACACCAACUGACGAUGUACUGGCGAAAGAUGUAGCACCAGAUUUUACUUUUGCUGUGUGGGAUGGAAACGGUAAAAUAUGCAUAUUAGCGAAAUUCGCAGCCUCUUUUAAGAUCACAUAUCCUAGCAUAGCGGGGGAACAACACAUCUCAGUGAAUAUGCCUGAAGAUGCUAAAGUGAAGGGAAGGUGUGGGACUUUUGACAGAGAACCCAUACUUGAAUUAGCAUGGCCAGGAUUCCGAUUAGUUAUGUCUUUCACGGUGGUAAAUCCAAAAGAAAAUCAAAACACUUGGGAGUUAUUGUCAAUGGAGCUCUUGUAUGAUACAGCAAGUCCACUCUUUGAUGGGGCAACAAAUGUUGGGAAAAAGUUCGUUCGUACCCUGGAGGAUGGAUUAUUUGCGACUCCCUACGGCAAAUCUUACUUCUGCCCGUCUCCUGACGUCAUUCCCAUGUACGACUCCAGAAAGGAAAGAGUUGUCUUGACACGAAUGAAGGACGUCCACCUACAAAUGUACGAUGUGCAAAUGGGCAAAUUUUCCCAAUAUGGAAGAUGGGAGAAAAAUUGUUCCAACAAAUCUUCAAUGAAGCGUAUUAAUUUUGCUUAUUGUUUAAUUUCUUUCUGUUGUUGUUGCUGUAUUCAACUAGCAUAUAUCUUACUGUGAGUGACCUUGUUGCCUUCCAUCGGUGAAUGUUGACAAUCACUUUGGUAAAUGUCCGAAAUAUAUUCUAGUGCACAUUUGUUCGGCAUGCCCCACAUCAAUGUUAUUUAAGGUCAAGUGCCACUGCUCAAUAUGUUUUUAACCGAAUGUUUCUCCUAAUCUAUCCUCAGCAGACAUUGAAAUAUCGAAUAAAUAUAAUAAUAUAAACGAAUAAAUUAACAUCAAAUCGGAUAUAACGAAUAUUUCAGACAUACAUCAAAAUGACUAUGUGAUUGCUGACAUUCACCAAUGAAUGUCAGCAUUCUCUUUAUUUAUGUUAUUCACGGUAACAUUUGUAUUUCAAAACUAUAGUAUUAUUAAUCCGACAAUCUUUGAUAUUCAUUCCUUUUCGAACCCACUUUGCUGCUUAAUUCAUCGGAUACAUUUCAACAAACUACAAAACAUUCAUGUCAUAUUUUAUAAUCAUCUAUGAAAGUGUUCUUAUACCGAGGUUGUUUCUGUGGAAAUUAAAAAUAAAGAAAAGAAAUAGAGCCUUUGUUAAGCUUUUACUUAGUACUCAAUUUACCAGCUAUACAUGUCACU